UGUUGCUCAGCCAGUGAGGGGGAGCGGUUGUAGUUUAGGUCCGCCCCGCCUCCACUCCCCAGGCCUGCGCUCCUCCCUCUUUGCUGUGUUCCCGUGGCUGAGGGCUGUGUGUGUUUGUGCUGAGAGCUGGAGCAGAGAGAGGAGAGCGUGCCGGGCAGCGAGGGUGCAUGAGCCAGCCGCUGAGCAGCAGGAACUAGCCGCCGAGCAGCAGGAACUAGCCGCCGAGCAGCAGGAACUAGCCGCCGCCACCGUCGCCAUGGCUAAAACGGGCUUCUGGUUGGCCCUCGCCUUCUUGUCGGCGCUCUGCACGGGCCGCUCGGACGCCUGGUUCUGGAACUGGGGGGGCGCCACAACCGAGGCCCCCCCCACGCCCACCGCCAGCGAGGGUUCGGGCGCCGGGCCGGCCUCCAGCGGAGAGGAGCCGGACGCCACCAUCGCCGGCGUGGGAGCGGAGAUCAUCGACGUGGCCAGCGGGAUCCGCAAGUUUGUGCAAACCUGGGACCGGGACCCGACCACCCCGCCGCCCACUACGGUCGCCAAGCGACCGGGCGUCUCCUCGGGGGGAGCCAAGCCGGGUAAUGCUGCUUCGGGGGGACGGGGUUUCGGGUCCGGACCUGCCGAUGGGGGCUCGGCAGGGGACGGGCUGGGGUCUGGACCCUCGGUGGGGGAGACGCAGGAGGGCUCAGGUGUACCUGCCGGGGUGGCCGCAGGGCUGGGAGGAGCUAGUAGCGGAGUGCAUGCUGGGAAACAGCUGGCAGAGGUAGACCGUUCCCAGAAUGCUUUGGGCAGGAGUAACCGGACAGCUGGGGGCCACAAUGCUAGUUCUCAGGGUAGCGGGUUUGGCAGCAAGCCCUUCCAAAGCGUCGGUCUGUCUGAACCUCAGGGAGCUGCCCAGAGUGGUAGCUCUAGCGGUAGCUCUAGCGGUCGCUCUAGCCGUAACUCCAGUCGGACCGGUACUAACAGAGAGUCAGCGGAGUAUCCCAAGCAGUACGCCAUCUCAGGCCCUCUACUAACCUCUCCCGAAAGCCAGUCCGCCUCCCCGGGCCCCGCCCGCUGCCUGCCUCUAGAUCCCGACCUGCCCUUCUGCACCUCCGCGGGGCAGGGGAGCUUCGCCGUCCCCAAUUUCCUCAAUCAGAGCAGCGUGGAGCAGGUGCGCGCGGUCCUGCGCGAGUGGGCGGGGCUCCUGCGCUCGGGCUGCCACCCGGAGCUGGAGCGCUUCGUCUGCCUCCUGGUGGCGCCCGGGUGCCCCGCCCCGGGCCUCCCGCCGCCGCCGCCGCCCCCCCCGCCCGGCCGCCGCCGCUGCGAGGCCCUGCGCGACGCCUGCUGGAGGCUCCUCCCCCGCGGGCGCUUCGUGGUGCCGUGCGACUCGCUGCCCGAGGCCGAGCCCGAACCCGAGGCCGAGCCCGACCCCCGGCCCCCGGGCUGCCCCUGUGCGGCCCUUAGUGACCGCGAAGGUCACGGUGGCGUGUCCCUCCUGCAACUGAUCGGAGACCCGCCCCCCGAUGAGAUCACCAAGGUCUACGGCCCCGACAACAGCCCCGGCUACGUUUUCGGGCCGGAGGCCAACACGGGCCAGCUGGCCCGGGCCCACCUGCCCAACCCCUUCUUCCGGGACUUCUCGCUGCUCUUCAACCUGAAGCCCACCUCCCGCAAGGCCGGCGUCAUCUUCUCCAUCACCGACUCGAGCCAGCAGAUCAUGUACGUGGGCGUGAAGCUGUCGGCCGUGGCGGCGGACGGGACGCAGCGGGUGAUCCUGUACUACACGGAGCCCGACUCGCUGGCCUCCUACGAGGCGGCCAGCUUCAGCGUCCCCUCGCUGCUCGACUCCUGGACCCGCUUCUCCAUCGCCGUGGCGGAGGACCGCGUCAGCUUCUACAUCAACUGCGACUCGGACCCGCAGGUGGAGCGCUUCGAGCGCUCGCCCGACGAGAUGGAGCUGAAGGAGGGGGCGGGCAUCUUCGUGGGCCAGGCCGGAGGGGCGGACCCCGACAAGUUCCUGGGCGUGAUCGGAGAGCUGAGGGUCACGGGGGACCCUCGAGCAGCCGAACGACACUGUGAGGAAGACGAAGAUGACUCUGACGCGGCCUCGGGAGACUACGGAAGCGGAUACGAGGACAGGAGGAGAACGGAAACGACGACUCGGCCAUCUCUCCGGCCCAUACAGCAGCCCCCGGUGACGAGGAGGACGCAGGCAGCGGGUGAGCGUGUUCGACUGAACCUCCUGCUGCGUGAGCUUGUGCACGCUCACACUGAACUUUUUUGUCUUCCCCUUUGCUUCUCGUUGGUUUCAAUUGAAGAUCCUAGCCGGAGAGAGGAGACCCACCCUGUGGUACCAUGGCAGCACGGUUCAAAGGGGGAGAAGGGCGAUCGAGGAGAAAAAGGCAAUCAGGGAGACCGAGGUCCCGCUGGGCCCAAAGGGGAUUCUGGGUCCUCCUCUGGGUCUGGGUCCAGGUCACAAGGGGGCGGAGCCCGAGGCGAGAAGGGUGCGCCUGGGGAGAAAGGAAUGAAGGGAACUGCCGGCUUCGGAUAUUCUGGCUCUAAAGGGGACCCUGGCGCCCCCGGGCCUCCCGGCCCCCCUGGGCCUCCAGGGCCCGCCGCGGAGGUGCUGAAGCGUGGGGACGGCUCAGUGGUGCAGCAGGUGACGGGGCCCCGAGGGCCGCCGGGGCCCCCAGGAUCACCUGGAACGCCAGGAACCGACGGAGAGCCAGGAGAUCCUGGUGAAGAUGGUAUCGCAGGUGCCGUGGGGCCCCCAGGAUUCCCAGGAAUCCCAGGAGAUCGUGGAUUUAAGGGAGAGAAGGGUGAACGUGGCGAUGGUCAGCCAGGACCCCGAGGCCUUCCAGGCCCCCCCGGCCCCCCCGGGUCCUCUCGCUCAGACAGACCUACCUUUGUGGACAUGGAAGGUUCUGGAUUCGCUGAUUUGGAGAACUUGCGGGGCCUACAGGGUCUACCUGGCCCCCCUGGGCCUCCUGGGCCCCCUGGCGCCCCGGGGCCAUUAGGGCCCCACGGCUCUGGCUCACAUGGGUCUGGUGGAGGCCCCGGAACUCCUGGGCAGCCUGGAGCACCGGGUGCACCUGGUCCUCGUGGUUCUGAUGGACGUCCAGGAUCGUCAGGCAUAAAAGGAGCGAAGGGAGAUGCUGGUGAAUUGGGCCUUCCAGGACCUGCAGGGGAGAAGGGUGCACAGGGACUGCCCGGAAUACCGGGCCGGGCUGGAGAAGGUGGACUGGCGGGGCUUCCCGGGCCGAUGGGGCCUGUUGGACCUCCGGGGCCACCCGGUCCCCCUGGCAACGGGCUUGGUGCAGGCUUUGACGACAUGGAGGGCUCGGGUGUGUUCAAUGGGGUUCCUGGGGUGAGGGGACCCGAAGGGAAGCAGGGUCCCGCUGGCAGUCCUGGCUUUCCAGGCAAACCUGGUUUCCCUGGGAUUCCAGGUGAGAAGGGCAGAGAAGGACCUCAGGGAAGGGAUGGUAGACCAGGGUUGGACGGUUUCAUCGGACCACAGGGACCUAAGGGGGACAAAGGAGAGCGUGGAGAUCGGGGAGAUCCUGGUCGGGAUGGGGCAUCAAUCCCUGGACCCCCCGGCCCACCCGGUUCUCCUGGACAGAUCAUCUACCAGACCGAUCGGGAUGGAGCCUUUGGAAACCCAGGAAAUCAGGGUGGACCUGGCCUUCCUGGUCAAGCUGGUUUCCCUGGCCCCAUCGGACCAAAGGGAGACCGAGGAGACCCUGGGCCCCAGGGCUAUGGAGUCAAGGGGGAAAAGGGGGAACCGGGCCUGAUCAUCGGGCCCGAUGGGAACUCUCUCCACUUCGGUGGAGGAGUAGGACAGAGGGGUGAAAGAGGACCUCCUGGACCAGUCGGACCACCGGGACCAUUCGGCCCUUCUGGCUUAAAGGGUGAAAUCGGGCUUCCUGGCAGACCAGGCCGUCCAGGGGUGAAUGGGUACAAAGGGGAAAAAGGAGAAUCUGGCUACUCGCUUCCUGGUCCUGCAGGCCCCCCCGGACCUCCAGGCCCCCCCGGGCCAGAACUUCCUGUGGACAGGUUCAAUCGCUAUGACGAUGCACGGUUUUACCCAGCCACAAAGGGGGAUAAAGGUGACCGUGGAGAACCGGGCAUUCCUGGAACAGCAGGUCUGGGCUCUGACUUCGACAUUUAUACACUGAAGAGCCAGUUGAAAGGGGAGCAGGGAGAUCCUGGACUCAGGGGGGAGAAAGGAGAGCCGGGCGGUGGCUACUACGACCCCCGCUACGGCGGCGUUCAGGGCCCCCCCGGCGUUCCCGGAAACCCAGGACUGCCGGGACCGAAAGGAGACUCCAUCCCCGGCCCCCCGGGGCCACAGGGCCCACCAGGAAACCCAGGAGUUGGUUACGAUGGUCGCCAAGGGGCCCCAGGGCCACCGGGGCCGCCAGGGCCCCCAGGGUCCCCCUCACUGCCAGGGGCCUACAGACCUACACACCGUAAGCACUAUACCUCACUCACCCACUCAGGGGUGACGGUGCUGAGGUCGUACAACACCAUGCUGGCCACUGCGCGGAGACAGCAGGAGGGGACGCUGAUUUUCAUCGAGGACCGCGCCGACCUCUACAUCAGAGUCAGAGAAGGAAUCCGACAAGUCAUACUUGGGGAUUACCAGGCUUUCUCUAGAGAUCAGGAGAACGAGGUUGCUGCAGUCCAGCCGCCCCCUGUGGUCCACUACGAACCGGAGAAUAACCCCAACAGUGGCGCUGAGCGCUUAGCAAACAGUGGUCCUGAGAACCAGCCUCUCCAGCCCCCACCUCAACGCCCAGAGGUCCCCAACAGUGAGCCCAGUCAGCCAGAAAGUCAUUACCCCAAUCCCCACAACCCCUCUGACCACAAUCCCCACAACCCCUCUGACCACAAUCCCCACAACCCCUCCGACCACAAUCCCCACAACCCCUCCGACCACAAUCCCCACAACCCCUCUUACCCCAAUCCCCACAACCCCUCUGACCACAAUCCCCACAACCCCUCCUACCACAAUCCCCACAACCCCUCUAACCCCAAUCCCCACAACCCCUCUAAUCCCAAUCCCCACAACCCCUCUAAUCCAGAUCCCAGAUACCCCUCUAAUCCAGAUCCCAGAUACCCCUCCCAGCCUGACCCACAGUACCCCUCCCAGCACGAUCCUAGACACCCCUCCCAGCACGAUCCUAGAUACCCCACCCAUCCUGAUCCCAGAUACCCCUCCCAGCCUGAUCCACAGUACCCCUCUCAACCAGAUCCCAGGUACCCAUCCAAUCCGGACCCGCGGUACCCAGAGACCCGGCCCCAUCACCAUCCCCAGCACCGGCCAAGGCCCCCGGAGCCACAGCCUGCCGCACACGAGCACACGUCAGGUCCAGGACUGCACCUGAUUGCUCUCAACACCCCCCAAGUGGGUAACAUGCGCGGGAUCCGGGGCGCGGACUACCUGUGCUUCCAGCAGGCGCGCGCCGUCGGGCUCAAGGGCACCUUCCGCGCCUUCUUAUCGUCCAAGCUCCAGGACCUCUACAGCAUCGUGCGCAAGUCCGAUCGCGACAACCUUCCCAUCGUCAACCUCAGAGUAAGCAAAGCUCCUGUCCCUCCACACCCUGAAAUCGCUUUAACUGGUCUGCGUCGUGUCUGCCUCCCCUCUCCGCGGGGACCUGCCCAAAUGGACGCAGGAUGGCGAAUGAAGGACGGCGUCCCCAUCUACUCUUUCGACGGAAGAGACAUCCUCAGAGACAGCGCUUGGCCGCAGAAGAUGGUGUGGCACGGCUCCAGCAGCAGGGGUCACCGGCAGACGGAUAACUACUGCGAGACGUGGCGCAUGGAGGAUCAGGUGAUGACGGGCAUGGCGUCCUCCCUCCAGGCUGGGCAGCUGCUCGAGCAGGCGGCCAGGAGCUGCUCCAGCCGGUACAUUGUCCUGUGCAUCGAGAACAGCUACAUCGCACAGUCCAAAAAAUAAACCCCGCCUCUUUCUCCACCUUAACCUAUCACAGCUGACCAAGCAGGGCCUCCCCACUUUAACCCCGCCCCCUCCAAACACACACACACACAUGCCCUUUGAACUGGCUCUGCGACUCCUCCCUAGCAGAGACGAGGCUUCUUGUCUCCUCUUCCCCUCCGUAAUGCCAAAGAGAUGGAUCUAACAAAAAAGGCGUUUGCUCUGUCACGAGGCGUGGGCACAUAUUUCCUAAAGGGGUGAACGAUAAACAGAAGAGAAGCCAACCUUGGCGGUGUUUUAAAAUUGUAUCUGGUUUAAAUUUUGUAUAUGAAAUGGUUGUUGUUCGUGUUUUUUUUUUUUUUUUUUGUCGUUACUUUUUAAGAUGUCUUUUAAUUGGUAUAUUUAACCAGUUGUAGCUAUAAUUUUGUAUAACACUUCAGAUUUUUUGUUUUUCAUUUUUAUUCUUCAUCUAUGGACUGUGGAAUAUUGAAGGGCAGCGCAACCUUCAAAGAAUAUUUUAACUAUAAAAAAAAAGCUAUUAAAAAGAUAUUUAUUUUUCAACUGAGACAACAGGAAAUACAAUUUGGGGGGAAAAAAAGUCAUUUUUAGAUUUAAAUUAGCUCUAGCCCAUUACUGAGGCAGAAAACAGUUUGUUGAGAAAAUAAAAUGUGAAUGUGCAUGCAAGCCAAUGCAUCCAUAAGCAUUUCCUGAUGGGAAAUUGAGGUCUACUUCAGAUAUUACAAACCCCAAAAAUGGCCAACCCCCACCCCCCCCCCACUCCCAAAAAUAUUGCUAUGCUUUAAUGUAUGGGGUCAGAGGCAUUUUGUGACAUCAUUUCUGGCUUUUCAUUGUUAAUUCAUAUGGAAGUAUAUGUCCCAUUUUUAUAAUCCAAACUCUGCCUUAAAAUGUCGUAAUGCAAGCAAGGGCAUAGCUGAUGCAUACUCUGGAAUAAAAAUAAAAAUAUUUAUAUUUUCCCAUGUUAAGUGCAUACGAGCUUCAGAAACAGAGUAGCAUUUGGAAGGGUCAACUGACCGACUAAUCGAGCACGUUUUGCACCGCGGAGUUGGCGUCUGCCAUGUUUUGGAAGCGGCUCGAACCCGUUCCAAUGCAGCUCUGCUCUGCGUGAAUGCCCCGGUGAUAUAUGGGUAAAAGAUGUGUGAUGAAGACUCUCCUGCAUUAGUUCCUCGUGGAAUCCCCUUCAGACCGACUCAGGCAAUCCCGCUGAGGUGUUCCAGCACAAACACAAUGAACCUGUGGAUCUCACUUCUUUUUGUAAUCAGUAUGUGCUGUACCAUUUCUCCCAGGCACUGAAUAAAUGAAUUUUGUCUUUCA